AUGUCGACAAAGGAUGAAUUAUUUAAAAAUAUAUGGUUGGAAUUAGAUGGAGCCAAAAGAGGUUUUAUUUAUGGGAAAGAUCUUCCAAAUCUUGUCACUAAGAUAUUAAAUGCAUCUAACGAUAGUAUUGAAAGUAUUGAUAAAGAUAAACGAGAAUUAUUGGAGACGUUUGCUAAAGAACAACCUUUUACUAAGAUAUAUAAAGUUGUAGUGGAUGAUACUUUAAAGAAAUUAAUUGGAGUAACAUAUGCUGAUCUCGUGUCUAAUAAUGAUAAUAAUAUUGAUAAGUCAUCAAUACCCAAGAGAAAAAUAUCAAUUGAUAAAGAUAACGAAUUAGAGAUUUUAAAACAGCAAUUGCGAGAAAAAGAUAUCCUUAUUAAAUCAAAAGAUGACAAACUAGAUGCUUUACAAGAAAAUGUUGAAUUAUUUAAAAAAAAAUAUGAUCAUUUGGUUGAUGAAUUCAAAUAUUAUAAAAAGACAAUUGGGAAGCAGAAACAAUUGUCUCAAGAGAUGAAUACUAACUCAGAAGAUUCCAUAUCCAAUGAAGAGAACGUUGAAAAUAGAAACUUCGAUGUUAGAAAUGAAUUUUUCAUUGAAGAAUUUAGAAGACAAAUUAAUGAACAAUCUAGGGUCAUUAAUAAAUUAAAAGAUCAAAUACAAAAUAAUCCUGCAAUAUCUGGGUAUAACAGUUCUAAGGAUAAACAAAAGAAAACAUUUUUGUGGAAUAAUAUCCCUGUUUUUAUAUCAAAACAAUUCACUUCAUUUUUAAUGAUAAUAUCAAUAUUAGGAUUCAUCUCAUCCUUAUAUUUUAGAUUUACAGCAUCAGAUGAUUCACUUCUCCUCGGUAUAAAUAGCAACAAUAGCGAAGAAAGUUGGUUUAGUAAUAACCCUUUAAUAAGUAGUAUUGAUUGGCUAGUAGGGGAGAAAGCUUCGGAAAAUAGAGAUACUGAAUUGGGUUCAUAUAGGGAAAUGACAGAACAAGACAUUGAAGCAUACAACAAAAUAUUUUCAAGGUCUUAA